AAGACCAGUUCGGUCCGCAAUCGACCCUUGUCUUCAUGUUAGGGAACAAGCAAACUCAUGUUUUACUUUCCCUCCUUGAUUGAAAAAUCAGAGGGUAUUAUUAGUAUGAAUGGAACGACAUGCUGCAGAUGCUAUACAAUUUGGCAUUUCGCUCUUUACGAAAUUUCCAACGGGCCUGACAGCUCUUAUCUCACGAGGUGAGCAGUAUUAGUAUGGAUGGUAAUUUCAAGGCGCUAACAGCUCUCAUUAAUUUGCGGUGAAGAAUAAAAAGGAUGUGUCAUCUCUUCUUGAACAGAAGAGUGUCUUGGCUCUGAAGUUUCUCCCCCAUCAACUAAAGACGGACCUUUUUUAUUUUCACCCAUCGAAAAGCAGAAAGGACUCGGUAACUUUCUGUUUUUACCUGAACUUCCGUCAAAUUUACUCUCGGGAACACAUUCCGAGCAUGGGAAUUGCUGGGACCAAAUCGAAAGUAGGCAAACACGAGGCGGGGAGGAUUUUUAGGAUCUAACGUUCAACCGGGUCAAAAGUGAAAAAAAAAGGACCCAAUACCUACGUUGGCUCGUAGCCAAGCAGACUGCCUCUUCUUCACUUGAACUGGGUCUAACCUCCAAUGUGGCUUCACCAUAAUCUCUUCCUCUCUCUCUCUCUCUCUCUCUCUCUCUCUCGGGGUUGUAACAUGUGAUUCAUAUCAAUAAAUAGGGAGCCAAGUUCCUAAUCUCCCCACACACCAACACACACGUACCCACAAGUCCUGAUAAAAACUUGGUUCCGGAUUUCGAUUUCGAGACAACGAUGCACCAUCUAGCAUUGGAGGUCGGCCUGGUCGAUCCUGCCAUGGAGACGACAGCUCGCGAGCGCGAGAGCACCAUGAAGCGGCCCAUCUGUCCGAAGCCCCGACGGCUCCGGCCAGGUGCGCCAGACUUGCUCAAGCCCCUGAGGUGCAGCCAGCACUGCCAGCAGAAUGGCGAUGGAAGAAGUGGGAUAGGGAACCUGAUCGUGGACAAGGUUGGCCUCGUUAUCCAGGCGGCGGACAAUGAGGACGAGAGCCCCGGUGCCGAGGGCGGCAUGGGGUCGCCGCCCACGAGGACCAACAAUCCGCUGGUUCACGACGUCCGCUUCAUUCGCCAGAUGGAGCUUCUCUCGCCAUUCCCACCCGCCAAGCUCCCCGACAAUUUCAAUUUUCCCUCCGCCUCUCCAGCUUGAGACGCCAACGUAUUUACCGUGGCUCUAGCCCCAUUUUUCUUUAUUAUUAUUGUUGUUGUUUUGGACAAUUCAUGAGAAUUUUUCUUAUUUUCGGCUUGAUUUGCUUUUGUAAAUAUAUGGAGAUUCAUGUAAGCUAGAUAUUGUGUGCUCGUGGACCUGUGGAAUCGCUUACUUAAAAUUU